AUGGCGGCGGAACAGCGCAAGCUGCUCGAGCAGCUCAUGGGCGAGCAACUAAUGUCCGGCCCCGGCACCCGCGCGCCCCAACUCUCCAUCACCGACCCCAAAGUCUGCCGCUCCUACCUCGUCGGCACGUGUCCCCACGACCUGUUCACAAACACCAAGCAAGACUUCGGCCCGUGUCCGAAAACGCAUUCCGAGGCGCUAAAGAACGAGUACGACAGCGCGAGCGAGGAGCAGAAGAAACGGUGGGGCUUCGAGUACGACUACCUGCGGGACAUGCAGAAGUACGUCGACGAGUGCAAUCGGAGGAUCGAUACCGCGCAGAGGAGGCUUGAGAAGACGCCGGAUGAGAUUCGGCAGACGAAUGCGCUGCUCAAGCAAAUCUCCGACCUCACCAUCACCAUCGAAAGCGGCCUCUUCGAGGUCCAGAUCCUCGCUGAGGAAGGCGCCGUAAACACGGCCGUGACGGAGUUCUUCAAGGUUAAGCAGGCGAAGCACACGAAGGAGGAUCGGGAACGGGAGCUCAAGGCGCUGUCAGACACCUCAGGGCCCUCGGGCCACCAGAAAUUGCAAGUUUGCGAUGUGUGCGGUGCGUAUCUCAGCAGACUAGACAACGAUAGGCGGCUGGCGGAUCACUUCUACGGGAAGAUGCAUUUGGGGUACGCACAGAUGCGGAAGACGUACGAGGAGCUACAGAAGCAGCUGAAGGGCAGGCCACCACCGCAGCGACAGGAGGAGCAUAGUCCGGCUGGGCCUAGAGGGGAAUAUGACGGUGGAUAUGGAGAUCGCGGAUUUGGGAGAGGUGGAUAUAGGGGCGGUGGGGGAGGCUUCGGUCGCGGCGGCGGAGGGUUCAGGGGGAGAGGUGGCUACGGGCAGAGAUGGUAG